ACGGGACACCUCGGGAUUUAGUUUGGUAUUAAUCGGUUGUUGGAUCAUCACGGAUGAUGAAAGCUUCUCCACUGUUUGUUUGUAUUAAACCAUGUCAAGUUUCAUUGCUGACAUUGUAACGGAUCUUGCAGUAUCUUUCCAGGAGUUCUUCUCGUGCCUUGCCAUAGAUCUGUUUCUCUGCCGUGCAUGUGACACCAGUAUUGCCGAUACCCAUCAGGUUUCGUUCUAGUAAAUUUAUAGAGAUCACGCAUUCAUACAGAGGGUUGACAUGGACUCUGUGAUACCACUGUAGCUUUGUACAUAAACAUCUAGUAAUAUACAUCCACUAAAGAGAAUUCUAAAAUCACUUGAAGAAAACACCUUUAUAGUUUGAUCAAUAUCUGCAUCUUGACUUGUACAAAUUGCAUCUUGGAGCAGAACAUGUGUUCAAACACCUUUUAGUAACUGCAAACAUCUUCUUUGAAGAAGUGUUGUGCUUCUUACAGUGUACAAGUAGUUAUCCUUUUUAUGCUUCUCUACUGAACUUCAGUAUGUGUUUCUGACAUAUUUUGAUAUUAAAUUGGACAUUUUGAUUGGAAAGAUCUAUUGAAAGUUUGUCAAACUUCACUCUCAUCAACAUUCCAAGACAGUGUCCUUUGAGCUACAUGUACUUGGGAUUGGGCAUUCAACCCUCUUUAGAUCAUCCUGCAGGAUGUCACUGAUUUGUUGAAACAGUUUGCAUUCAAGCCUUACUGCAUCAUUUAGCAUUUUUAGAGGAAUCCUUUUGAAAGUUUCACUUCAACCUGUAAAGUUUGUCCUGUAUGCUAUGUAUUGGGCAACUGGGCGAUUUAUUUCAUAUUUUUAAGCUGGAAUAACUCCAGUGUCAGAGUUUUGAUGAUCUCCUCCUGGUUUGUAGCAAGAUAAAUAAUAAAAUAAACAUGGAAGGCCCAGAUUGUGAACCAGAGUCUGUUAAUUGGGAAAUUUGCAAUGAAUCGUACAAGUUCCAGAAUUUAAUGGUGCGGGAAAUCUUCACCGAUGUAUUUGUACAGAACCAAAGACUGGACCACCUCACUGCGGUGAUGGGCCUACAUCCUCAGUACCUUGCCGCUUUCUGCCGUACUCAAGACUUCAUGCUGCGAGGGAACGGACCCCUUCCAUACGACUACAGGAAUUACAUUGCCAUUCUUACAGCUGCCCGUCACAGAUGCUCCUACGUGAUGAGACUACAGGAGAGCGAGUUCUUAGCCCAGGGCGGAGACCGGGAAUGGUUACAGGGGUUGGAGCACGUACCUCCUAAAAUCCAGGCCCUCUACCAGCUAAUCAAACUCCUUUCUCACCGGCCGUGGUUAAUCACGCAAGAGUUAAUAGAGAAAUUACUGAAAGGUCCCCACAAUUGGACGUUAUCAGAGUUGGUCCAAGCAUGCGUUCUCAUCUCCCACUUCACAUCAUUACCCAGCUUCAUAUACGGCUGCGGCAUCAAUCCUGAAAUCGACAUGGAUGGAGGUCAUACGUUAAGACCGCCCUCGUUGUCAGACGAGCCCGGUCUUUCAAAUAACAAUAAGCCAAAUGAGGAGUCUGCAGGAGGGAAUGUUGAGGAGCUGGUACAGAAGAUGAAGAACAUUGAGAAGCAGAGCGACACUGAAGACUCCCAAGAAGAGAAAGUCAAGAAGUUUGAGAAAGUCCGAGAACAGAGCGGCCAGUUACUGCCAAGAAGUCCAGGUUCAUGCGGGGAGAGGGAGGACAUCACGCCAUUUGUCCAGGAUCCCAACUUCCUUUACGAGGACUUCGCCAGACGGGGGGAGAACUCCCAGUUCCAGACUUUCCGGGCCCAGGACUAUACCUGGGAAGACCAGGGCUACUCGCUGGUCAAUAGGUACUACCCUGAUGUCAGUCAGCUCAUGGACGACAAGCUUGGCGUAGCUUACAACAUGACGUACAAUACAAUGGGCCAUAAAAAACAAGUAGACACCUCUUUACUAAGACGAGCCAUCUGGAACUACAUCCAUUCGCUGUACGGGAUACGGCAUGACGACUACGACUACGGAGAGAUCAAUGAGCUGCUCGAUAGGCAACUAAAGACGUACAUCAAGACAAUCGCUUGCUAUCCAGAUCGGACCACCAAACACGAUUACGACAGCUUCUGGCUAGACUUUAAGCACUCGGAAAAGGUUCAUGUCAAUGUAAUGGUGUUAGAAGCCAGAAUACAGGCCAGUCUACUUUACUGCUUGCGAGCCAUCAUGAGGUACAUGACAUGACCUUUUGACCUCUCUCAGGUCAACCGCUGCAGUUAGAGGUCAAGUACAUCUCAAGGUUAUCCUCCCGAACAGUGCAAAGUCCCGAACAAUUUUGCAUAGACUUUUUUUUCUCACGAUUUGAAGCUGUCCGUCCUGUAACUCCUGCUGUGCCCCUGCAACUCUCGCCGUAACCCUGCUUGUUAUUACGCCAGUAUACCCAAACCCCGACGAGCUUUAUCUCUUCACUGCAAAUCUUGACAGCCUGUCUGCAAAA